UCAUUAUCGAAGUUGGCCUCGUGUGGUGAGGUCGUAAAUUUUUGUGGAAAGUGGUUGUCAACUUGGCUGUGCCAGUUCUUGGUGUUUUUGGAUUAUUACGAUUUUGUGAUUCUGUGGAUUUUUGCUAAAGUUCUGUUUCAACCAAAUUUACCACAGUCAACCUAAAAUGCCAAUCAGUGAAGACGAAUACGAUUCAAGAUCUCUCCAAGAACCAAGCGUCACAAUGUCUAAGGCUGAAUUGAGAAAGACUCACAAACCUAUUAUGGAGAAACGUAGGAGAGCAAGGAUCAACCAUUGUCUGAACGAAAUCAAAAGUCUCGUUUUGGAAGCAAUGAACAAAGAUCCCUCAAGACACUCUAAACUGGAGAAGGCCGACAUCUUGGAAAUGGCUGUUAAGCAUCUGCAAAACAUCCAACGCCAACAACUCGCCAUUGCCAUGGCUACCAACCCUUCAGCUGUCAGAAAAUUCAGGGCAGGUUUCGACGAUUGUGCAGAUGAAAUCGACAAGUGCCUCAAUCAGCUUGAAGGUGUGGGUGAUAACCUCAAACAAGGCCUCAGCAGCCACCUCAGGAAGUGUAUGAGUGGCAUUGAGCAAGUUGCACACAUCAACUACCCAGACCAGAGUCACGUGCCUUUCUUGAGCAACCCCAACGUAAUGUCUGCACCAACAUCCAAGCUAGACGUAGGUUUGGACUCUACCACCAGCAGGGUGGGAGACUUGAACAACAACCCUUUCUUCAGGAUACCUCAAGGGUUGCAGUUGGUCCCUGAAAGAUUAAGACCUGGAGAUCUGACUCUCUUGCUUUCGAACGUCACCAACAACUUCAACUUCUCCAAUACAACCCCGAGCCACGUACACGUCAAGGAGACUGAAAGACCAAGUGCCUUUGCAACUGUGAUACCUUCGUCUCUGUCUGGAAAACUGUUGAGUCCUCCACUAAGUCCCAAAACCUACCAAAUCCCAGAUGAAAGAAGCUCGUCUCCUCAAGGAUUCAGACCAGUUCACAUCACCAUCAAACCUGUUAUUGCAUACGCUAACCCUAGAUGUGAAGACGAUGCACAGGUCUGCCAAAUAUCUUCUACUUCUGCACCUCUAUCCUCAGAAAUAAAAACCAUGAAGUUCCCAAUUCAGAACACCAACGAGAAAAGGACUUUGAUCGGUCAGAGUAAGACUUCUGAGCCUCUUUCUGUGAUAACCAAUCAAAACGAAAGGUACAAGCAAGCUAAAGUUGUUCAGGAUUCUUUAUAUUGUGAGGAGAACAUUCAAAGGGGUAUCAAAAGGAAGUUUGAAGAAAGUCAACAAGGACUUUUGGUAACCGCGGAAGAUUACCCUCAAAAGAAGAUACUACUAUUUGAGUCCAGCUCUUCUUCCAAGACAGACAAAGCUUCAACAUCGUCUUCUUCAAUUCCUCAACCUCCCAAAGAUCAAAAUGAAGAUAGCUGUUCCGAAAUGUGGAGACCAUGGUGAUCCAAUUGUUUCAAAUUUGAAACGUUUGAUAAAUUUUUGGGUACCAUCUUCGAUCUUGGAGAGGAAGGCUAUGAAAACGCUGCUUUCAAUGGACUGGAAAAAAAGAAGAAACCAAGAGGAAGCUGGAGUACACUGGAUGAUCUCAACGUAAAAAGAAGUGAUAAAAAAUUAUAUGAGAAAAAAGCUUUAUAAAGAGAGUGAGAUGAUAAGAGAUCUCAAACAGAAUUUUAAUGGGUUUGUUUGUGUUGAUAUAUUUAAUUUUAUACAUAAAGAAUAUAUGAUGAAGAGACAAUAAAUGUUUCUUGAAAUGAUAUUUGUUAAAAUUCACCUUUAUUGCUUACAUAACUUCACCCUCCUACUUUCCUAUAUCAGCAACAUUUUGAAGAAGAAAAAAGUUAAAGAGCAAGAUGAAAAACAGUUGUGGGAGGGAAGGAACAAAAAACUUAUUAAAUAUGUUGUAAAAAGGCAGAAAUAAAAAUAGUUCGAUAUUGUAAAAAACAGUAUUUUAUGAUCUAUAUAAAUUUUCAAAACCAUGAAAGCUCUUGAAUAAAUAUAUUAUCCCAGACUGUAACAUAAUUAAACAAUGUAAAAACAUCUUUGGAUAGCCUCAGUUUCGAAACAAUUAAAUUAUGAAAAAGUAAAUAAUAAAUAGUAAGAAAUAGUAACGAAAAAAAAAAAUAAGCGAGAAAUACAAUACAAUAAAAAACAAAUUACAAAAAC